GUAUUCAUUUGAUCGUCAAGUGUAAGAUUAAUUUAUUUAAAAAUCAUUCAAGAAUUAUAAAUAAAAUUUUAAAAUAACAUUUCUCCCACUUAUUUUAUAUUUUAUAUUCUCCUAAAAACCACCUUUUCAGGUGUUGACAAAUCACAAACAAAGUAUAUAAUUAUUAAGUCUUCCAACGUGUCACAAUCAGUGAAUUUAUCUUUAAUAAAAAUUCGUUAAUAGUUGACAUUUAAAUCAACAUUUAAAAAAACCACUUGUUUUAUUAAAUUUAUAUGAUAAAAAAUUUUAAAAGUUUAUAAAUUAUUUGCAAUGGAAGUUGAAUGUGUUGAAAAUAAUUUUAUAGAAGCAAAAAACAUUGAGAAAAAAGCAGAAUUUAUCAUUGAAAAUUCUCAACAACAAUUGUUAACAGACACAGAAGAAUUAUCUGAUCCUGAUGACGAUGAUUUUUUUAUCGAACGUAGAAGUGACGAUGCUAUAAUUGAUGAUAUUAAAAAAUGGAUAUUACGUCCAAUAAUAAUAUAUAAUAAAAAUGAUGAUAUUAAUCCAAUGAUACCAGAUGAAGAAUUUGAAUUAAUAUCUAAAAAUGGUGCUGAAAAAGCAGUUGAUUUAUUUUUAAAUAAUUCAAAAUUAAAUCCAUUAUAUGUACGUUCAUAUGUUUAUGAUUUAUCAUUAUUAAUAAAUAAACAAAAUCCAUAUAAUGCUAAUAAAAUCAUCUGGUUAUUCUUGUAA